CAAAUUUCUUUUAACACAGUUUCAACAUGGCAGCCCUCAGAAGAUAUACCUCAUGUUUGAGAUAUGUUUCUUAUAUUUCUCUAUUAUCGGCGAAGACACAUUGUCAAAAUGCUGCUAGACAAUUUCCAAGAACAUGUUCCAAGCAUGGCGGUAUGCUUACAUUAGUUCGUAAAUAUUCGGAAAAUGUAGCAACAAACAGUGCAAACAGCUCUUUGGAAUCUGUGCUUGUAUCAGGCUCUCUCGAUGAAGUAAUGAAAAUGGUAAAUUCUGAAACAGAUAUGAUUAUAAACAAUCAUGACAAGUGUACUGUGACCAGAGAAGAAGUUGAAAAAGCUCUUAAUGGGGUAGACGUGGAGGAGAUAUGUUAUAUUGAAACCCCUCACUGCUAUACAAGGAGCUGUUUUUAUAUAAGAUGCAAGAAUGAGAACAGUCUGGCAGAAGCUGUGAAUUUAGCAAGGACACAAUUACCAGGAAGGGCAGAUAUACAUUCAAUAAAAGAAAGCCUAAUGAAAUUUGUACCAAAUAUGGCAAGGGCAAGAAGUUUAUCAUUACAGAUUGAUAAUUUUAAAUAUGAAGCCAGUAAAGAAGAUAUACUAAAAUGGUUGUCUCCGGUUGAAGUAAAGGACCUAUUUUUCAUAAAGCGAGGAAAAGCUUGUAUUGAAUUCAAAAAUGAGAAAGACAGGGAUGAAGUGUUUCUAUCAAAGAAUAAUACAGAUUGGAAUGGGAGAGUCGUAUAUAUUUCUGGCUACAUAAGGAGAGAUGUUUUUAUUGACAUCAAAACUAAAUAUGGUAAAGAAACAUGAAGUGACCUUUAUUUUAUGAAAUGUUUUCAGGACACUGUUAUCAUGCCCAUUUAAAAGAAAAGGGAAAUAUUGUUUCAGAUGUUCAGUUACUAAACCACUUUGUGAACUUUUUGUUUCAUAUGUCAGUGAAUUAUCUAAUUCUUUGAGAAAUAGACCUUGAUUUAUUUAUGGUGCAAUUGUUAGUAUGUGCCUGUAUAUCAAGAUCAAAGUCACAGUGACCAUUUCUGCCAAUUACUCUAAUUGAUUAUAUGUGUAUCAAUGACAUCCAAAUGAAUUAAUGAUGGUUAGUUUGUAUAUCUACAACAUGUGUAUUGUAAUAUCUGGUCUAACGUAUUGUGUAUUUAUAAGAUAUUAUGACAUUUUAAAGUGGAAUUGACAUUUCAUACAAAUUUUUAUUAGAGCUAUUGACAUGUACUGAAAGUAUACGAUAGGUUAAUUGUCAAAAUAUCACAUAAUGAAGGGAUUUUUCUGUCAUCGGUUGAGAAAAGAUUUUUAGAGAGAUACUAACUGUAAAUAAGUUUAAAAAUAUUUUAUCCAGUGUUUUAAUGUUGGGGGACAGGGGACAUGGGGUGGGGGGGGAGAGAAAAAAUAGUGAUGCUCAUCAACAUGUACCAUUACAUUAUCAUUUUCUCUGUUUUUCAAAAUGGUUACUUAUUCAUACUACAGGUUAAAGAGAAUGGCAAGGGGGCAGAUUUAACAUUUAUAAAAUUAAUGUGAUAUUUUCAGGAGCAUUUUAAGUGAUCAACCUCCGCAUUAUUGCAUGUAUAAGUAGAUUGUUUUCGCCUGGCUUUAAUAACAAGGUAAAUGGCUUAGAUCAAGAGAUGAGUUAUUCAUACUUUGCUUACCAAGUAAGAAGUUAGUUUUCAUUCAGAUGAGCAGUAUACUGGCAUUGACUUUCUUGAAAUUUCCUAAUUAUAGUCAUAAAGGGUUAAAGGCACUUUAUGUCUCAGAUAUUAAUAAAUUUUACUUCUUCAGAAAGGGCAAGUAGGAGUUUUAUAAGGUUUAAUUAAUAAUUUUAGAGUAUUUUAGAUGCUUGUUACCUGAAGAAAAUUGAGCUAAUGUGAAAUUAUUUGUCAUAUAAGUAUUAAAAUAUAAACAAAGUAGUAUUUUGAUUCGAUAUAAAAUACUUAAUUAGUAUAACUGUACUAAUUGCCAAAAAAGAAAAGAAAAAGAUGCUAAAGUUUUUUUUUGAAAAUAUCUGGGGAUAAUGGGCCUUUAACCCUUCCCCCUAUGAGCAUAUUGUGAAAAAUGGCCGUUUUCACUGAAAAGCCUCCUGUUACAAGUUCAAACUGCUAUGAAACUAUGAAAAAUGCUUCAAUACUAAUCAAACUUGGCACAAAUGUUGACUGGACCAUUGCCUUUGUAACGACAUGCUCAGUCUCAAAUUUCCUGUUACCAUGGCAACGAGGGGACAUCUCAAAAUUGCCAAAAAUCACUAUUUUGCCUCGAUUUUUUCCAUCAAAAUUUAUUUCAAAGGGCUGCAACUUCUCAAGGGAUUGAGAUAGAGUCAAAGGCUUUUCAGCGUUGGUUAAACGUUACAUUAUGAUCGACCUGGGGUCAUUUUUAGCCUCUCACAAGUCCAAAAAUUUUCUUGGCGAUGAGAGGGACUCCGCCCCCCUUCAAACCCCCCUAACAGAAGGGGGCACAUCCCCCUUCUGGCAACCCCCUGAUGUAUCUUUUGGAUGGGGGGCGGCGCCGAAAAAGUGCUCAAUUUUUUUGGCAACAUUUCUCAAACGAAAACUUAUGUUUGGGGCCCAAAUAGGACAUUUUUUCACUAUUUGAGGCCCAAAAAAAUGGGGGGGGGGGGUCGAAAGUGCGUUGUUUCGCGUAUAUAUGUGGUAAAGGGUUAAGAGUAAUGGGUGUACAUAGAAGUUAUCUUUUGUUGCAAGUUAUUUGAAUGACCUCUGUUUCUUAAAGGAGGUAGUAUAUAUGUUGCAUGCUCAAGAUUUUUUUUUAUUGUUAAAGAGUAUGAUAAGAAAUUUAUGGAUAAUUUUCCAUAUUUGAGCCGCGCCAUGACACAACCAAUGUAAUGCAUUUGCGAUCAGCAUGGAUCCCGACCAGCUUGCGCAUCAGCGCAGUCUGAUCAGGAUCCAUGCUGUUUGCUAUCAGUUUCUCUACUUGUAAUAGGGUUUGUAAGCAAACAGCAUGGAUCCUGAUCAGACUGUGCGGAAGCGCAGGCUGGUCUGGAUUCAUGCUGUUUGCAAACGCAUUAGGUUGGUUUGUCAUGGCGCUGCAUAUUUGUUUUUUAAUCUAUUGAAGAUUGAAUAAAAGCUUGUAACAAAUGAAAUAAUUAUAAAACAUAAUACAUAAAAUUUACAUACAAAAUGCAUGAUAUUGUAUAUAAAACAACAACAAAAAUAGACAUUUACAAAAUAAGAAUUGUAGUGAAAAUUGUUUUGUUAAUAUUAUAAAUAUAUGCAUAUAGUUUUAUUGAAAUAAUUUCUUGUGAAAAGAAAUAAACGUUUGUAAAAGUUACCAUUUGAAUUAUUGUUUGUUUUAAAAUAAAUAAACAUUUGUAAAAGUUA